CCGAGAGAUCCGAGGCUACGAGUACAUACCAUUGUACAAUCGGCAUCAAAGUAACGUCUGAAGCAGAACUACAACUAAAAGAGCAAAGCGUUACAUUUUCGAACUCCAUAGGCUUAUGCCAUGGUUCAUACAGUUUUCUAAGCUAUCGAAUUUCCUACAAAAUGCCUAGGAAGGCGCCCCAAUACGAUGAUUACCGCGUUGCGGUGCAACAAGUACUAUCUCCCCACAUCCAAACCUUGCGGCUCCAACUAACCACUCUCAGAUCAUUCUCUCUUCCUCAGACACGGAUUAUCUCGAUCAACUGAUACCCGCCCUCAAAGAUGCUACGAUAUCUGGUCGAACCGCGGGGCUCACUCAGAGCUUGUCGCAAUACGCAGAGGAGCGCGAGGCUGACAUCGAGCGAGUUGGCAUGACGAAGCACGAUGAAUUCCUCUCCUCCGUAAACCAGUUGCAGAAAGUUAGAGAAGGUACCAUGGCGCUUACGACGGAUAUCCUGUUGCUCAAUCAAUCCAUACAAGCCAGCACGGAGAAACUGGCUGCGCAGAAGGGAGCCCUGGUGGAUACCAAGGCUGUACGGCAGAACAUAGCAGAGGCAUCUGAUGCAUUGCAAGAAUCGUUGAAGGUAUUGCAUGCCGUCAAUCAAGCGCACGAUUUGAUCCGCAAGAAGAAAUACUAUGGGGCGUUGAAGGCUUUGGACGAUCUUCAGAACGAACAUUUGAUCCCUAGUCUCCAGAACAAAUAUGCAACUCAGCACAAGCUCGCAGAUAUAAUACAGAAAUCUAUUCCUUCCUCGCAGAAAGCCAUCUCCGAAGCUGUUAUGAGUGACCUAAAUACGUGGUUGUACCGGAUUAGAGAAACUUCACAAUUCCUGGGCGAGGUCGCCUUUUACCAUACCGAAAUGCGGAGGACGAGGCAGAAGGAACGAAUGGAGGGAAAUCCGUAUCUGGCGAACUUCAAAUUGAAUUCUGCGAUUGAAUUGGUAUUUGAUGAGAGCGAGGAGUUUGAUGUUUUGGACAACGAGGAAUUACAAGUUGAUUUUACGCCACUCUUCGAAUGUUUACAUAUCCAUGAAGCCCUUGGUCAGAUUGAGAAAUUCAGAGCGGACUAUGCGACUACGAGAAGGCAACAGAAGGAGUUGUUAUUGCCUACGUCUGUCAAUCUAUUAGAAGAUGAUGAGAAUAGUUUAAGCAGUUUAUUAGAAGGCAUUGCCGGAUUUGCAAUUAUUGAGAAAGCUACCAUGAGGAGAGCCCACAAUUUACGCUCGCCUGUUGAUGUAAGUGCACCUGUCUGGAUGAAGAUGUUGCAUUGCUCAUGAUAGACAGGUUGACGAACUCUGGGAUUCCAUGUGUAGUACGGCUAUCAAAUUGAUCACGAAAGCUUUGGACCAGGUCGAUAACGCCGAAGUUCUGUUGAAAAUCAAAGGAGUCAUUGCCCUCUUUAUACAGACUAUGGAAGUAAGUUUCUCAUUUCAACUUCGAUUGAAUCUACUGACUCGUAUAAAAAGGGUUGGCAUUACAAUGUCACUGCGCUCGACAACUUUCUGCUGAAUCUUUUCGAAAAGUAUGCCGAGUUACUGAAGAAGAGAUUUAGUGACGAUUUCCAAGAGGUAUGUAGACAUCCUGUUACCCUUUUGUAUUAAUAUUGACUUGUUGCAGAUUGUUUCCAGCGACGAUUAUAUGCCAAUGCCCAUCGAUAACAUGGAUGAGUAUGAUAAGGUGGUCAACGUCAGUUGGUUUACGCCUGAGAAACCAAGAGAAGAGCUCACGUUAGUUGAUCUUACCUUGAACGCAUUACAUUUACUAACUUCAAAACAGCUUCCCCUGCGUUCUUCCAUUUUCUCAGAUGUAUCCUCUGUGCUGUAUCGAUAUCCGAAAUUUCCUCAACCAGUUUUAUUUCUUCUCAGAUGAUCAUUUCCAACAACCAAACGUGAUUGACGAGACCCUCAAAAAGGUAGGCACAACUUCUGAGAAUGUUCCCCGUGGAUUGGCUAACCUCUUUUCAGUCACUUGAUCAACUUCUAUCUCAAAAAGUCUGCAAAUCUUUAGUCGAGCGUCUAAACUCCCAAUACCUAGGCCAAAUCGUCCAAAUCCUCAUAAACCUCGAACACUUCGAAAUAGCCUGCAAAGAACUAGAACAGCUCCUCAUCGCUGCCCGCUCCUCCACUUCAGCAGGCGGACCAAUCGUUCUCGAUGCCACGGAAGAAUUCCGAAGUAACAAGAAGACCGCUGAAAAACGUAUCUUCGAGCUCGUAAACUCAAAGAUUGACGACUUAGUUGAAACUGCCGAAUAUGACUGGUAUGUAAAAUUGACAAUAUAUAUCCGCGUGUGUACUAACUUCAUGGAACAGGAUGGCACCAACCCUAACCUCCGAACCAAGUGGUUACAUGCAAACCCUAACCGGGUACCUAGAAAACAUCAUGUCCUCCACCCUCCUGGGACUACCACUCCAAAUCAAAGAACUAAUCUACUUCGACGCCCUCUCCCACACCGCAAACAUGAUCUUAGUACAUCCUCCCUCCACUCCUCUCCCUUCUCCAUCCCCAACUAACCAACCUCACCAGCAACUCCCCCUCGCGCCAACCGUCAAGAAAAUCAACCCCAACGGCGUCGCCGCCCUCGCAAAGGACGUCGCCUACCUCUCCUCCUUCGUCGACACCCUCGAGAACGCGCUACUACUCCGCGAGAACCUCGAUGAGCUGCAGCAAACCGUGGCGCUGAUGCAGACGGAGAACCCGGAUGAGUAUUACGAUGCCAGCACGCGGAAUAAGAAGUUUGGACGGGUGGACGCUAUGAAUGGGCCGUUGAUCUUGGAGAAGUAUGUUCUUUCCCUUCCCUGUUUUUACCCGUCUCUUUUCCUUUAUUCAUUCUUCCCUUUUGUCUUUUUUUGGGGAAAAGGAAGGGGGAGAGAGAAGGAAUAGGGAAUGGUGUAUUUUUGGGCUGGGAAUAAGUGCUAAUAUAUUUAUCUAUUCGCAGACUUACACAUUCCAUCACGAGUCCCAUGACGACUAACGAUCGACUGGCGAAUUUCUCCUCGAGAUUCGGGAUGAGGUGAUGGAUGAAUGGGAGCUAUGAAGAACGGAUUUGCAAGCAGGGAAAGGAGAUCAAGGAGACGAACCAAUCAACGGGCCAGGAGACGAGGUACUUCAGGAGAGGGCAGGAUUUUUCACAAGCGACGCGGAAAGCCCGGGAAACUUUGGGAACUGGGUGGGCGAAGUGUAUUGUUUGGGUUUGGGAUGGAUGGAUGCAUGGACGUGGGUUCAUACAUGUAUCGGGUGCUUAAUUGAAGAGGUUCUGAGGGGUAGGACUUCAUGAUGCCGAGGUGAAGGGUGAGUUGAAGACAGUCACAUCACAUCAUUGUAAGAAAAAAACAAGAUGUACAUGAAAACAUUAUUUUAAAAAGAGAUCACCAUCAUGAAA